UUUUAGUUUUAAUCUCAAAUGUACAUAAACCGUAUAUACACGCACAUUUUACGAUAUACAGUUAUCUAACAGGAACUUCUCUUAGCUAUACAAAGUGAUUUUCGUAAAAUGGAGAUUCCGGUAACCAUUGACAACGAGGUUAAUGACGUAUUUGUCAAAAAAGGGGAACUUCCUUUAUCAGCACAAAGUGCUUAUUCUGCGAUUCCAACAAGUCGCGAGGAAGCCAGACAAUUUACCUAUUUUAACAACGAAAAGAAGAUCACAAGUAAUUCAACAUAUGACCGACUGUUUAAGUGGGGUGAUGGUUUCAACAAUAAACUUCAUCGUUGUGACAGAGAACAUGCAAAGAGUAGAGGACUUACAGUUCAUGAUGAGGAGUUCAACAAACCUCGUCCCGCAUUGACGUCAACAGAUUACGGACACAAACUUCAUCUUCAUGUUGACCAUCCAGAUCGCAAACAUGUUCGAAUCAUCAAAACAAAAGAAUUUCUCUCCAACAAUGGAAUUACUUUCUCUGUGGAGCAAGGUUAUGGAAAGGUCACCCCAGCAUGAAUGGGAGAAUCGAAAACAGGGAUGAGUGUGGUGCUUUAAUGUAAUUGUGUUGUGUGGGUUUACUGUUAAUCAUGUUUUUUCUGUAACAACUGAUUUUAAAUGUCACUUAAAACUUAAUAACAGACUGGUGUUUGCUUAUAUAUAUACAUAAACACUGUAUUUAGCCAUUUGUAGCUUGCUGCCUGAUCACAAUGAACCAUAUUUUCUGCAUAUGUUGAUUUAGUUUAGUUUCUGCAGGAGGUUAAUACCUGUGUUGUUUUGUAACUUAAAUAAAUAUAAUAGCUAUACUUUUGAAUAGUCUGUGUGUAUCAGCUAUAUUCGCCACGGAGUUGAAGCAUUGGUGUAAAAAUACAUUCAUACACCA